AUGUCGACUUCAUCUGGCUCUGGCUCGACCGGCCUCACACCCACACCCACAUUCCCCUCGGCUCCGAUCCUUUGGCUUCCCUGGAACAAGUGGGAGACCGUUGGUGUCCGUAUCUCUCGAUUACCAAAAGAGGUAGCUAUACGAGACCUAUGGGAGGCCUUUUCCAAGGAAGGCGAGAUCUGUUCCAUUGAUAUCUUUGAUGACCGCCAUGGAGAAAGAAGCUCAAAGGGCCGGGUCCGCUUCAAACCAGCUCCCACAAAGGCUUUCUGGCAAAGUGGCAGUUACGAUAUCCGUCUAUCCAGCGGGCGCGUCGUAACUCUCGUUGUGGCGCUAGACUUCACCGCGCCGAGUGCCUUCCUGAAAAGCCCCAGCCGCGAGGAUGUAGUAUAUCCUAGGGAAUGUCAAGAGCUACCUUGCAAGAGGUUUGAUGUUGGUGUCCUCCUGGACGAAUCAACCGCCUGCGCCAUGCGUACUUUCCACCGAGAUGCAGCGCCCAAGAUGGCGGUUGAUGUCCGUUCAAAGGCAUUGCUUGCCUACUUCAGCGCCACUGUACAUGAAGCCAGGCCAUUUACUCUAGGCUCACCGGAAAUCAGCCCAUCAACCUUCAGGUUAAAGAUACCCUUCCCCCAACUCGUGCGAGUGUGGGAGACUUAUCAUGCGAACUCCCACGAAGUGUCUCUUACCAUUAUCUUGGACUCUCCCCCUGUGUAUCACCGACAGUCCACGGAUAUUCAGGCUACCUUUAGUACUGAGAGCAGCUGGCGAGAGACGGAUUUGUGGAUGCGUCAAACAUCUAUCGCCCACAAUCUCGGGUCUCAAGACCAGGCUAGGGUCAGCCUGCGCAAAUCAGGUCAGAUCGUUGAUCUUGGCAGAUGGAAUGUUUUCAAGUUUUCAUUCUCUACCAUGGACCUCCCGGAACAAGACUACAAGAUUCUUAUGGAGAUGUUGAAAGAUCACAAUAUCAUCGUCGAGAAUGGGAAGCAUUUCAGAACCAUAACGCAGCGCCCGGAGCCUGUGUGGCGCUGGAUUGACUUAUUCGACUCAAGAGGGCGGUUCCGCUCGACCCUCGAAGACCUGGCUCAUCACGAUUAUGUUUAUCUUCCAUUUGAAGUUCGGUACCAACUGGAGGUUUGCCUUUCCCAUCGGCAUCUCUCUGAAUUCACCAUGCCGCGUCAAUUUGUUGAGAAGCUCAUGGAACUGGGAGUUGCCUCGGCCGUAAGACUCCUGGAGCAUGUUGCCACGAACAAAAGGAAAUAUCUCGAUCCAAUGGAGAUCUUCAAAAUCAAGUAUCCUAAGGGUAUCUCUGAUUCGGUUAUUCCAGGCUACUGCUGCUUCAUGCGCACUGCACGGGUCACGCCAACAACUCUUCACUACAACACCCCCACAAUCGACACCUCGAAUCGAGUAACCCGUAACUAUCAGGAGUUCCUCGAUCGCUUCCUUCGUGUUCGAUUCACCGACGAAAAGACACAAGGUCGUAUCUAUUCAACCUAUUUCGCGUCAAAUGAUGAGGUAUUUGCUCGGAUCAAGAAAACCUUGACAAACGGUAUCAGAAUUGGCGAUCGUCACUACGAAUUUUUGGCCUUUGGUAACUCCCAGUUCCGUGAGCACGGUGCUUAUUUCUUCGCUCCGACCCCCAACCUCACAGCUGCCCAUAUUCGAGCCUGGAUGGGUCAAUUCAGUCACAUCCGAAAUGUCGCGCGAUAUGCCGCACGGUUGGGACAAUGUUUUUCGACCACGCGAGCUCUUGCUGGCUGUAAGGUCAGCGUCAAACAGAUUCCCGACAUCACUCGGAACGGGCACUGUUUUUCUGAUGGUAUUGGAAAAAUCUCGAAGUUUACGACCAGAGUCAUCGCGGCGGAAAUGGGUAUCUCUGAUCCCUAUGGCCAGCCUCCAUCAGCUUAUCAGUUCCGGCUGGGCGGGUGCAAGGGCAUGUUGACUGUUUCAUCUGACCUGAUCGCGAACGAUGUGCACAUUCGACCAAGCCAAAUCAAAUUUGAGGCUGAACAUCAGCGCCUGGAGAUAAUUCGAUGGUCACAGCUCUCUGCAGCGACGCUCAAUCGCCAGUUGAUCUUGGUUCUAUCAGCUCUGGGUGUUAAAGGCCAAGUCUUUCACGACAGGCUCAAUACCAUGUUAGAGAGCAUCAACUUCGCCAUGGAUAGUGACAAACAGGCCAUCGAAUUACUUCAAAAGUUCAUCGACCCUAAUCGGAUGACGCUGGCGCUGGCGAAAAUGGUAUCGGCCGGGUUCCGAAGGACGAAUGAGCCUUUCGUCAGUUCCUUCCUUGCUCUCUGGAAGUCGUGGCAUCAGAAAAACCUCAAGGAGAAAGCAAAAAUUCUGAUUGAACAGGGUGCAUCACUUCUUGGGGUUCUUGAUGAAACGGGGACUCUCAAGGGUCACUCCGAUCGCCAGGUUCCCCACCAAAGGUUAAGAGAGGAUGAGAGGCUAGCACUUCUCCCGGAGAUCUUUGUCCAGAUCAGCAGCAUAGAGAAGGGUGUCCGUCCCAGAGUCAUCCAGGGUGUGUGCAUCGUCGCUCGGAACCCGUCGCUGCAUCCAGGCGAUAUCCGUGUUGUGCGUGCUGUUGAUUGCGAGGCACUCAGGCACUUAGUUGAUGUGGUCGUAUUUCCACAGAAUGGUGAUCGAGCGGUCACAAGUAUGUGCUCUGGAGGUGACCUCGACGGCGACGACUAUCUGGUUAUCUGGGAUCAGGACCUCAUCCCUAAGAUAUGGCACACAAAGCCUCUGAACUAUGUCACCCGCAAGGCUCCAGAUCUGGACCGCGAUGUGACCAUCAACGAUAUCACUUCGUUUUAUGUCACGUACAUGAAGAAUGACAGCUUGCCACGGAUUGCUCAUGCUCACAUGGCACAUGGGGACUAUCUCGUAAAUGGUGUCUAUGAGCCGAAGUGCAUUCGCCUCGCUCAAUUGCACUCAGAUGCUGUGGAUUACAACAAGACAGGAAUCCCUGCUGUCAUGGAGAGAGGCCUCGAACCACGCAUCUGGCCCCACUUCAUGGACAAGAAGAAGAAAAAACAAACCUACCAUUCCAGGAAGAUCCUGGGUCAACUGUACGAUGUUGUGAAAACUGAGGAUUUCUCGCCAAAAUUGAGCAAUCCGUUCGACACCCAGAUCCUUGAGUGCAGCCUGGUGGAGGAAAGCAAGAAAUUCGAGGUCUUUGCCAGUGAGCUGAAGGUGAACUAUGACACGUCAAUGCGACGGAUCAUGGCGCAGUAUGGUAUUCAGACCGAGUUUGAGGUCUGGUCAACAUUCGUUCUCGGACACAACUCCAUGUGCAGGGACUACAAACUGUACGAAGACCUGGGCAAGGUCUCAAGUGGCCUUAAAUCGGGCAUUCAAGAGCAGUGCUACAAGCAUCUUGGAGGGAAGCGAGAUUUUGGGCACCUUGCGCCCUUGGCAGUCGCCAUGUAUCGCAUCACUCAUGAACAAGUGGAGGCUGCGCUUGCAACGCUGCGAGGCGAAAAUGGUUACGAUGACCAGGAUGAAGUUCAAGGGCUGUCCGACGAGCAGGAAAUGGAGAUCAGCAGACUGCCUUUCAUCAGCUUCCCUUGGGUUUUUGAUAGCGUCCUGUGCAAGAUUGCAUCGAGCCCCGUCGAUGAGCUGCGCAAUGCACUGGCUGAAGCCCAGGCCGUCGAUACCAGAAAGUCCCAGUCCAAAUUCUUCACUCACACCGAGGUCAUGAAGAUGGUUGGCCGCUCUGGCAAUGUUUUCACUACUAAGCUUGACAGAGAUGAAGCUGAGACCAUACGUGCAGAAAUCGGGCCGCACGAGCCGGAUCAUUUCGGUGCGCACGAUCUCUACGAGAACGAUCUCUAUCAACAGACUCUCGGCAAUGGUCCCUCUCCGGCUCGCAAAGAAGAGAAACAACUGGAUGACGAUAAGGACCGGGAUAUCAUCGCGACCGUGAAGGACGACGAAACCUCCAUAAUUGACAAGAGCUCCGUGAUGGCCAACGAGCUGAUAGAGAGUGUCAAGGAAGGUACUGAGGGGCCUACUGAGGAAGCUGGCGAUGAGGAUGACGAUGAGGAUAUUGGAAACUUGGAAAUUGUCGAGAUGGAAGGCGAUGUAAAGCCUUCUGCAAUUGACGAGUUGAUGAGAUUGGUAGGAAACGACUACGAUGCGGAUGAUGAAGACGACUGGUGA